AUGGAGAGAACUAAACAGGCUUUGACCGACAAGAGAGACCCCAGAAAACAGCCUAGCAAGUUACCAUUUGUUGCGACAUCUCGGACAAGAGGAGGUGCACCCGCGAGUUCCGUGGAAAUGAAAACUACUCCCUCUGUGGUUAAUCUAACCAGACCUGAACUCUACAGUAUUUAUGGUGCUGGAUCUAAUGCUGUCGAUAGUGAAGAAGAAGAAGGAGAAAACAUUUACAACACUCUAUCUGAGGGGUUAGUUAGAUCAACGUCUCAUCACCUAGAAGAAUCUAAGGUGAAGCAUCCACAUCAACCUGAACCUACCAUUACACAAACAAUGUUUGUUGAAUUUUUUAAAGGCUUUUCUUGUUGUAUUCUCUUAUGCAUAGCAGGAAACUUGAUGUUCUUCUUUGGCGAGCAACUGUAUAAGGCCAACCCUGUUUUGCCUGACAUUUCCAAAUAUAGAAUUCUUUAUUUCUUCCAGGAUCUUCUAUCUCAGUAUAAUAGGAGUAACAACCUUCGAAUUCAGUUUAUUGGAAAUGGUAUUGAGAGCGUAAUGUUGGGUUUUACUUCCUAUACGUUGAGUAAGCUUCUUUCCUCGGUGUUUCCUCAGGUUGCACUUAGUUCCGGAAAGAGCAGCAGUUCUUCCAGCAGUGUCAAUACUGAUAAAGAGGAUAGUAGUGAUGAGGGUGACGGCUCUAUUGACAGCGUUGGUCAGUAUGCACAACAGAUGCUAACUGCUGUGUUCGACUCUAAUUUGGUUAGAUCCAUGGUUUGUGCUGUUGGCUUGGCUUACUGUUUCAAAAAAUACCAGUGGUCAUCAAAAUUACAGGUAGCAUCUUUGUGGGCUUUGUCUAACCUUCUUAUCUGGAAUGGACUUGACUCUACUAUCGUGGGAUUUGUCACUUCUGCGAUUGUGGCCAUCUCCUGUGUAGCACUGAAUUUCGCUCGUUCGGGUCUUAACCUUACCUUGAUGGACUCUGAUAUAAUUGCCGACCUUUUAUGGAUUGGAUCAUUUGUUUUCAUUGGCCAGAUCAUCUUGGGAAAGAUCAUCAGACUUGUCUAUGCUUGA